UAUAUGGCCUCUGUUUUCCGAAAAGUGGUGACAAAAAUGCUUGAUUUUUCACUACUUAAAGUAUGAGAAUUCUUAAAGCAUGAUUUGAAAAAACAUAACACUUCGAGUAUCUAAGACGAUAAAUAUCGCGCUUUUCUGCUAUAUGAAAUAAAAUAAAAAUAUCUGUUCGUUUAUUAAUAUUAUGCGAUCUAAUAGUUUUCGAAUGGUCGAACAGAGAACUCGUUACAAUGUGAACGUAAUCAUUGUAGUAGUAGUAGUAGUAGUAGUAGUAGUAGUAGUAGUAGUAGUAGUAGUAGUAGUUAUUAUUUAUUCACGAAAAAUAUGCCGAAAACAACGUCCGGUUCAAAUGCCGCUCCAUCAUUAGCUCGAACCAUUCAAGCAAAAAAACGUCGUGCUAAAAAUGGUAAACCCCGUCCUCCACGUGAUCUGAUUCAAAAGAAACUGUAA